AUGAAACAAGUGAAAUUAGUAGUUGUUAACCUUGAAAUUACUUGUUUACUUGAAAUUAGUAGUUGUUAUUUGUUAACCUUGAAAUUACUUGAUAAAAUUGGGACUUUUUUUGGAAGAACAAGCAUCAAUAAAUCAAGUGUUGGAGAAUCCUCCAAAAGACCAUGCUCCAAUGAUUUAAGUUUUGAAGCAUCCUCUAAAAGAGCAUGUCCUUCUAAUCAAUCAUUCCCUUCGGUUUCUAAUGUAAAUCCACAACCUACAACUACUCCAAUUACAAAUGUUGAAUUGAAAGAUCUUCCAAAAGACCCGGGUGUAAGACCAAAGAUUAUAACUUACCAUCCAAAUCAAAGAGAUGAAAUAAGGAGGGCAUAUUUGCUUCAAGGACCUUGUCAACCAAGGGGUUAUAUUUUCCCUUCAAAGAAAAUAGGUUCAAAAGAAAGACGUUUUGUUGUUAAGUGGUUUGAUGACUUUGAUUGGUUAGAAUAUAGCAUAAAAGAGAACAAAGCAUUUUGUUUAUUUUGCUAUGUAUGUGGAGACAUGGUGGGAAAACAACAUGAGAGAGAUGCAUUUGUUUCACAAGGUUUUGAUAGUUGGAAUAAAAGACAAUCAUUGAGAGAUCAUAUUGGUGGUAUUGAUAGUUUUCAUCACAAAGCAAAAGAAAAUUGUGAAUUUUUAUUGAAAGAAAAACAAUCUAUUAGUGCAGCCUUCAACAAGCAAACCAAGAUUGAGGAGAGUAAUUAUAAACUUCGUUUAGGUGCUUCAAUUUGGUGUUGUAAAUUUUUAUUGAAAAAUGGUUUACCAUUUCGGGGUCAUGAUGAGUCGAGUGACUCUCUUAAUAAAGGGCUUUUCUUGGAGUUAUUAUCUUUCUUGAGAGACCAUAAUGAAGGCAUUCGCAAUGUUACAUUAGAAAAUGCUCCUCAAAAUAAUCAAGUGACGUGCCCGAGGACUCAAAAGCAAAUUGUUGAAUGCUUUUCAAUAGAGAUAGUUUUAGAUAUUUGA